CAUCGGGCGGCUCAUCUUUUUGCGGGCUUCUCGAUUUAAUUGAGCUCUUGGCUGCUGCGCUUUACGUGCGCACGACUGACUUUAACGUACGAUCUGCGAUUGGCUUGUUUACGCGUCAACGAUCAUAACAAACCAAAGCUCAUAACCUAAGUCUCUGUGAGCGCUGCGAACUGCAACGCUUGCCGCACACAGCGAAACACGAUAAAGCCUGACCGAGCAGUUCCGAGACUUCCGAGACUCGUUAUAGUGGCAGUGCACUUGUGCCGCAGUCAGUGCAUCGGCGCGACUGCGUCAGGCAGCAGCAGCAGCAGCAGCAGCAACAGCAACUUUACACGUACGCCAAGAGGCAAAAUAACGGCAGCUCCCGCGGCAACGGGCAUUAACGCACAGCGGCAGUGACCGCACUCAGCAGGUGUGUCGCACCUUAUACGCGCUGCAAUAAAUGAAUCAAGUGCUAUGCCGCCUGCUAUGUAUACUUGAAGGGCGCACCAACGCUACUCUUUACUCCUAUACUUGCCUAUAUAAGUAUAAAAACAUGCUACACACGUAUACACCUGCAGCUCAGAUAUAUACUAUUUACGAGCCAACUAGUAAGGACGAAACCUUAGUUAUAUCUACUUCUUCUGUAUGCAUCAUUCUACGUCUAUGGGACUGACGGGCACGUAUCGAUGCAACAAUAUUAUACUCGCAUGAAUGGAAAUAAAGUCAGCUCUGAUAGUUAUUUUUGCAGGAGGCAUUUUUCAACUCCUUGGUACAUUAGACUUUGUGCGUACAGUACGAGCUCGUAAUAGAGCAAAACUUUGUCCAAAGCAUUACAAAUGUUUACAUUUAUUAAUGGGACACCUUUAGUCAUUUGAUAAGUAUAAGUCUUUUAGAUAGAAAAACGUAUAAGCAAUAAUUGACGCUGCCUGUAAAAUGCUGGAGGAAAGCUUUCCUGCGGCUGAAAGGAUUUUAUCAGACCUUGAAAAUAUUUUUAAGAAAAAUCAAAACUUAUCAAGUUUUGAAAUUAUACCCGCUGAAGAUAAUGGGAACAAGUCACCAGUACAUUAUGAUGAGAAUGCUGUAGGCUUAGAAUCAUGGUGUGUCAAGCCACUUUUUUGUUAUGUUUACCAUAGUUUGAUAGAAUCAAGAAAAAAUAUUUUAAGAAGAACGGAUACAUUGACCCUAUCUCGCUGGUUAUUUGGAGCAUUAUUAUUGAAUCCUGACAUUUCUACAUUUUGGAAUAUGAGAAGAGAAUUUGUAAGAUGUGGCAAAAUUGAUUCACUGGAAGAAUUGCGUUUUAUUGGUAUUGUUUUAUAUUUCAAACCAAAAUGUUUCGAAGCAUUUUCUUACAGAAGUUGGAUUUUGAAUUAUGUUCUCCAAAGAAAAAAUGACUUGAGUAUCAAUCUGUUGUUACUGUUCCAAAAAGAAAUGCAAACUUGUGAUAUGGCAGCAGAAAGAUAUAAAAAUAAUUGUCACGCCUGGAGUUACCGAAGCCAUGUGCUUACAGAGAUAAAAAAAUCAUAUCCAGAACAAUUUAAUUUAUUUUUAAGGAAGGAAUGGCAAGAUUCCAGAAAAUGGUGUUGUUCUCACAUUUCAGAUUAUAGUGGAUUGAGUUAUAGACAAGUUUUGUUGAAACUACUAUUAUUGCAUAAUUUAGAAAUAGAUAGGAUAUCUCCACAGCUGUCAUUAGCAAAAGAUAUUAUUUUUAAGUUCAUAAAAAUUGCAAAAGAGUAUUAUGAUGCAACAAAUUUCUCCAACUUAUCCCACAAAGACAUUUUAGAUCUACUACAUGGAACAGAGUCAAUUGAGGACCCUGGUAUAGCGUAUGAACAGUCAAUUAUAAGUGUUUCAUACUGGAUAGAGGAUUGUUUGAUGAAUGAACAAUUAAUUUGCAUGUUUCCUGGUCAUGAAGCACUAUGGUGUCACAGACGAUUUUUAGCGAUAAUAUUAAACACCAUGCAAGAGUCUUAUGCAAAAAACUUCUUUUAUGAAAAUACAAGCUUUGAUAACUUUCAAGUUGUGAAAUUCAUAUCCAAAGAUAUUUCAAGUAGAAGUGUUCCAAAAAAGAAUGAAAAUUUAUCUCCUAGCCUUUUAAGUAUUGCAUUUACUUUAUACAAUGAAAACUUAAUUGAAAAAUCAAAGCAUGAAAACAAUUGUCAAAGAAAACUGGCUUUAAAUUUUCAUAAGUUACUAAGUUAUGUCAAUCUUCAACUUAAUGAAUCAUUAAAACUGUAGAAAUAUAGUUAUUAGGACAAAAUUUUUUUUAAAUUAUUUUGUAAAUAAAAUUAAUUAUUG